ACCACCGUCCUCACUGCCAUCGCCAUUACUCUCACACCAUGGCCGAACAGCGGUUUAGGAAACCAAACCAAGCAAAUAGAAGAAGCAAUGGCGACAACAAAACCAGCAGCUGGAAGAAGAGUGCACCUGGCGGGAAGAAGCCUGGCGUGAGGGAGAAUGCGAAAUCAAAAGAGCGGUUCACGCCGGCCAAGGCUCGCAAGGAGGAUCAGCACGAGUCUGGCGACGACAGUGAAGACGACGACGAUGACGGAGACGAGUUUCUUGCGCUUGAGAAAGGGGACACCGGCAGCGGUAAGAAGCAGCACAAACGAUCGUCAAAACACGCUCCGCAAGAGAUCUCAGCCAAGAAACCCGUCGGCCGCUUCCGCGAGGUCGUCGAGGUCCCCAAGAUCAUCCGCCGCGACCCGCGCUUCGAGGCGCUCUCGGGCAAGUUCGACGACACGCAGUUUCGCAAAAACUACGGUUUCCUGAACGAGUACCGCGAGCGAGAGCUGGCGGAGCUCAAGGAGCGCAUGGCGAAGACGCGGGAUCCGGUCGAGGUCGCGAGGAUGAAGAAGGAGUAUCAGAGUUUAGAGUCGAAGCUCAAGGCGGCGAAGAAAAAGGAGUUUGAGAAGAAGGUGCUCAAGGAAGCUGAGCGGAAGGAGAGGGAGCUGGUGAAGCAGGGCAAGAAGCCGUUCUAUAUGAAGAAGUCCGACAAGCGGAAACUGGUACUCACGCAGAAAUUCAGCGAAAUGAAGAAAUCAGACGUCGACCGCGCCAUCCAGCGACGACGCAAGAAAAACAUCUCAAAGGAGCGCAAGAAGAUCCCGUUUGCGCGGUCGGCAGAGGAAUAAGCUGCUUUCUCUUUUCCAUUUUUGUUUAUUGGGUGGCGUUUUGCUUUGCUUUUGUCUAGUUUUUGUUUGAAUGCAUGAGCUGUACGUUUUAUGUAAUUCGUGGUAAUGGAAU